AUGACUUUCUCGAUUGCUCGCGUCGCCGCUCUUGCUGUAGCCCUAUGUGGAGCUAUUCAAGUUUCGGCUGCCCCAGUAGAAGCACCAAGGCUCAUCUCUCGUGCUGGUGCUAGCGUUGUCACCAAGUGCUCAGUGCCCAAUACCGUCGCACUCACCUUCGACGAUGGCCCUUAUACUUGGACAAACGAGCUCGUGGACCUACUAGAUGAGAACGGUGCUAAGGGAACCUUUUUCUUUAACGGUGCCAAUUUUGGAUGCAUUUACGACGACGCCAACGCCAAGCGCGUCAAGUAUGUCUACGAUAAAGGCCACCAGGUCGCUUCUCACACCUGGAGACACGAGCGCUUGUCUACUCUUUCGGGCGAUGAGCUCCUAUCCGAGUUUUCCAAGACCGACGAUGCGAUCAAGAAGAUUACUGGUGCCGUCCCUGCCUUUGUGCGGCCACCGUUUGGCGACUAUGAUGAUGACGUUCUCGAGGUUGCAGCCUCUCGCGGACAGACUGUUGCGAAUUGGGACUUUGAUUCCGGAGAUGCCGCCGGUGUUUCGCCCUCCGAGUCUAGGAGCCAAUAUAACAAGUUGAUCAUGUCCGGUCCUGAUAGCAUCUUGACCCUCAAUCACGAGACUAAGCAACCCACUAUUGAGGACGUCAUCCCCUAUGCGAUCCAGCAAAUCAAGGCCAAGGGCUACAAGCUGGUAACAGUAGCCGAGUGCUUGGGCGAAUCGCCCUACCAGUCUACCGGAACUCCCUCUUCUCGUGACUCAAGCUGGAAAUGCUAA